AUGUUCGCCUCAAUUGCCUCCGCUCUCGUCUCUCUCGGAUCUGCUGCUGCCCUCGCCUGGCUACUCGUGAGCCUCACUACCAUAGCCUCGAACCUCACCAACAACGUCCCCGGCCCACGACUCGCCAAGAUUACGAGGCUGUGGAAGUUCACUCACGUAGUCAAGGGCACGUACAAGCAACAACUCCGUGAGCUUCACGCCCAGCACGGCCCGCUCAUUCAAAUCGGCCCGAGGGAGUACAGCAUCUCGCCUCCAUAUGCCUCCGUGCAUCACCGCGUGCCCUCACAAUCCGCCCCCAUCCUGGCCGACAUCUGCAGCAUGGCCAACAUCUUCCGCCGCGAGGCCGACAUCGAGGCAUGUAACGAUGCGUUCAUGGAGGCCUUGCAUGCUCUCUCGAGCAGCGGAGAAGAGUUCAACGUUGCUGAGCUGAUCGCACGCUACGCAUACGAUGUCAUGUUCGCCACUACUGCCUCCCAUCCACCCACAUUUCUUCGGAAGCCCCUCCGUGCUGCCAAGAUUGGGAAAGCGUUAAAGGACUGGAAGCUUCAUGCUGUCCUGUCUGGUGGCUACUUUCGCCUACAACCCUUACUCACUAAGAUAUCUCGCCUGUUGAGAGUCACUGACCUGCAGGAGAUAGUCGGUGAACACUUGAACGCCACCUCGAACACCCCUUCACAAGACGCGACAGAAGCGCCAAGUGGUCACACGCAAGAAGCGUGCAUCGCGCUCCUGCUCGCGGGAUCAGAUCCGGUCAUUGUGCAUCUGGUCUCGUCGCUAUGGUACAUCUACAGCGAUCCUGGGUUGGUUCAAAGGCUACGUAACGAGAUGGACAGUGUUGGCCUCGCGGAGCAGGCGAAAAUCAAAGACCUGAUUCAGACGAAAGCGAGCAUGCCACUGCUCUACGCCGUCCUCCAGGAAUCCCUCCGAUUGCAUCUGCCCGCACACUCCAGCGCCAUCAAGUAUCGCGUGCCUGAUGCUGGCGUGCAAAUCAACUUCCAGCACAUACCCUCCGGCGUAAGUCAUUUGCAAGCGUGUUGAUUGGCUCCCUCGGCACGGCCUCAGCUGCAGGCAAGUGUGGCGUGCAAACGUUACACAAGCCGUGGCGCGCUCGCUCCCCUUUUUCGCCACGCGUGCCGUCAUCACACCUUCUCACAUCCAUCCCUCCCUACCACCGUGAUUCUAGUAACGGCGACAGGAUACUUGCUGACUCGCUGCAUCUUACAGUGCACCAUUUGCGUCGAACCCUCCGUCGCCCACGUCAAUCCCAGCAUUCUCGGCGCCGACGCCCACAUCUUCAGCGAAAC